UAAUGAGCUCUAAUCACUGCACCUGUACAAGCUCCCAAGCAGGCUUCCGUAGACUUGCUCGUGUCAAGAACAUAGGGAGCAAGCCCUCCAACUAUGCCCUAUUGUUAGGUGCUUAGAGAGAGUUUUGAGGCAUUUGUGUGCCUAAGGAGCUUUCUGGCUCCCAUGUGGCACUAUAGUAAAAACCCUGUACUACAAAGAGAAGAGUGGAAAAGAAUACAUGACAAUGAAGCAGCCAUCUUCAAGUUCCCAGAACAACAAAAAUGCACAAGAAGAUAAAAGAACCAAAUCAAGUACAGUAAAAGGGAAUGGAAAACAAAGCUUUAGAAGAAGAAUGAUCAUCCCUGUAAAGAAGGUAAAGCAACUCAAAAGAGAAAAUGGACAAGAAGACACAGAAGCACCAAAGAAACGUCAGGAAAAGAGAAUGGAAGCAGAAGCCACGGAAAAAUGACACACACCUUGCACACACGGGCCUCCCUGUAAUGUGGACUCGUGACUUCCACUUAAGCGUUCUCCCCGUUGAGGUGCCAGUCAAAUCGUAUUUGUGACCUCUUGAAUUCAAGCCGGGGUCCGAUGUAACAUGGUGUGGCGAAGGGGCGGCUGUAAGGGGAUGGUGGAGGCCGUGAGAAAUUCGACCCUUUUUUCAAAAAAGCCAAGAAAGCCCCCAACCAUCCAAAUGUUCCCAGGUCUGGAAAUGAACAGACACUAAAGUUUCUGGUGAAACGAACCACAGCUCAUCAGCUACUACCUCACCUUCAGCGAUGAAUGCUACUAUCACUAGUGUAACACCAGCAAUGACAGCUGUCACUCUCACAGAAAUGAUGGUCUCCUUGGAGCCUAAAAAUAUUUCACCAACACCAGAAGGAAAAGCAAGUACUACUGAAAUGACCAAAGUGACUGAAGACACCAGCCCUGCAACUUCCGCAGGACCCACCCAGACACACACGGAUGUGUCAGACCAGUCAGCGUCAGUGAAAACAUCUCCCGAUUUGCAGCUGAACACAUCACAUGCUCCUUUCAGCACAACAGCACAAGCCACAACUUUGGAAAUGGUUUCAACAGCCACAACUUUGGAAAUGGUUUCAACUACUGUCCUCACAGAGCAAACUUCCCACUCAGCUAUCGCAGGACCACUGCCUAGUAGCUCCAUGGAGCCCUCCUACACCUUUGCUUGCAAGAAUAUUAAACAUGUGAAGAAUCCCAGAGUGAUCUGCUUGCAUCUCAGUGAGCCUGACACAUGUGAUAAUUUUCUAAAGACAAAGGGAGCAAAUUUAAGUAAGGUGAUUUGUGACACAACCCCAUCCUACAAUCACUUCUCUUCUCCCCCAUGCCACAUUGAACUCGCCAAAUCUGAGGUGGAUCCCUCCUGCAUGCUGCUCAUUCAGGCUGGCGUUAAAGAUGCAGAUGCAAUAGAAAAGGUCCUCCAAGGUCAGACGUCUGAUCUAGUUAAGAUUGGAAUAAAAUCCCAUAAACUGGAGAGUAUUGGACGCCACCAGAACAUUCCCCGGAAUACGCUGAUUGCCUUGGUCACAUCUGGACUCUUGCUGGCGUUUCUGAGUUUGGCUGGAUACUUCCUUAUGAAACGACGGAGUUGGAGCCCCAGGGGAGAGAGGCUGGAUGAAGACCUCUAUUACACUGAAAACGGUAGCCAGGGAAAUACAGGGAUCACCGUGGCCUCCCAAGAGCAGUCCGAGCGGCAGGAGAAGCCAAAUCUCAACAGAGGGGCUCAGAAGAAUGGGACUGGACAGGCAUCCUCAAAAAAUGGACAUUCAGCCAAGCAGCACAUUGUUGCUGACACUGAACUGUGAAAUGUGCCAGGGUGACUGCCUUAUGAUCAUGAUUUGAAGGGGGGUGGGGGAGAAGAGACAGGAGCAGGGGGUAAGGGAGAGAUUAUCCCUUGGAUGGUUGGGAAAAUUUAACCCUUUUUUAGCUGAAGAACUCCAAAGUCCCACUCUAAAGCACACUAAACCCCAGAGCUAAGGUAGCACGGUGCUGUAGAGUGUUGACCUAUCCUAGCAAGGAGCCUCUAGGGGUUAAUACAGGGCUAGGGUUAUGGGCUGGGGUUCUUUGCUCUUCCUUUAGCAGAAGAGAAUGGGAUGUGAUCAGCAGUCAAAUCACCCAAGCAAGGGAUGGGGAAGAUAUUUGGAAAUUCAGAGCUAUGUCGGCUUUGUAAGAAAUUGGCUUGAUACUGAUUUUACUUGGAAGGGAAGGGAGCAGGGAGGUGGUUUAAUCCUUCAUGAGCCGAUGGAGCAUUUUACUGCCUCUUGUUAAAGACACAUGCCAUUAACCUAGCUUCCAGGCCUCUCAGUGGAGAAUCAGGGGCUCUCUGUGUGAGAGAUACUGCCAAAAAGUGGGGAAAUGGCCUCCCCUUACCAUCCUCUGAACUACAAAAGUAAAUACCCCAAAACUGCAAGUCCCACCCAUUUACCACUACUCUGGUUCUGUGCUCUCAUUGUUAUAUGUAAAAAAUAAGAAGUGCCAUAUAGCAACUGAAUUGCUUCUAAUGAGAUAUGGGCUUAAGCCAGAAAUAUACAGAUUAUAUACAACUCAAAUUCCAGCAGGGGCUUGGGCCCAUUACAAUAUAGGGAUCUGGGUUCUGACUACCAUCACCUCCAAAGUUGUAAUGUCUUUCACUGUGAUAGUUUGGUUUAGCCUCAUCUUUGUAUUUAAGUGUAGCCUUUUCCUCUGUCAGCAACAUUAGUAAGUUAAUGCCCCUUCUUGUGCUUUAUAUCCUCUCAAUGUUUAAUGCUCUUGUGGAACUUGUAUGUAAAGCUUUCCAGGUGGAGUCUGGUAUUGAGAUGUGAAUAGACUUGGAGUUGAAUUACUAUCUCUCUUUCCCCCCCCCUCUCCCCCAGCAUAUGUGUAGUUGUUUUGUAGUGAAUCCUCUGGUGUCUGGCUCCCAAAGACUGGAGGCACUAGUUAAAGGUGAAGGGAGGGAGAGAGAGAGAGAGAGAGAGAGAGAGAGAGAGAGUGUGUGUGUGUGUGUGUACACAAGAGCAUAUGACACUGUUCUAGACAACUCACCCCACUUUGAGUGCUUGCAACAGUACUGUCAAGCCAUGUGGAAGGAGCUGGCAUUGUUACCCACCAUGAGGCCUUGGAAAUAUGUAGAUAUCAAAGCAUUCCUAAAAGAAUCCAAAAAAUUGUCAUACAGGAAAGAAACCUCAGUCCUGCUAACAGAUGUUUGGCCUUCCCUAGUAAUAGGGGUUGUGUGUGUGUAUAUGUACGUAUGUGUGUAUAUAUAUAUAUAUAUAUAUAUAUAUAUACACACACACACACACACAUACAGGGGAAAGAUAUUGACUCUUAAGAACAAAGAAAAGGCCAAUUUUUUGAGUUUGAGAUUGUUCUCUUGGAAAGAGUUGUUUAAGCCAAGCCCAUUCUGUGUGGGUCAGGAGUCACAUAUUAUUCAUUAAAGGGUGAAGUCCAACAGACCUACUUAUGUCCAGAUUCACUUUGUAGGAUGGAGCAGUCCCCUUGAAUAUUUGCUGCCUGUAGCCUUUGUGGUUCCUGAUCUCCUGAUUGGACAGGCCACAGUUUGGCUAGCUGCAGGUGGAGGCCUCUAUCAGUGGGACCAGUAUUAUUAUAGCAGCUACAGCCCUGCCCUGGGCACAGCCUUGCGGGAUGGGGGAGCAGGUAUGUGUAAAGGGAAAAGAAAUUUAAUUGGAGAAAGGAGACUGGCUAGCUCAGUGGCUUUCAUCUCUAUGUCACGGAUUCCAAUGAAGACCAGGCUGGUGGUUGACCAAAGACAUUGCUGUAUGAUCCAUGUAUUGGUGGCCCAUGUACAAUGAGUAGGGGACACACCAUCACCACUGGCAUUAACAGACUCCAUUCUUGGCAGCUUCAGCAUUGGGGCUGAGGAUUAAUAGGCCUGGAAAACUGACAUACCCUCUCGCUAGUAAAGGUUAUUACCAUUCCUUGUCAAGACAGACUCACAGGUGCCUGGGAUGUGUGGACAGGCUGCUUUGUGCCUGACUAAUACUAUGCUUAACAAAAAGGAUUUCAAUUUCUAUUUCAAGUUCUGUUAAUCAGGCCCUUUUCACUAGCACUAAAGUCAUGUAAAAAUACAAAAGCUAUUGAUUUUAAGUUUUGUUAGUUUUCUUUUUUACAAACAGAUCUGUAAAUACUGUCAGUAAAAAGAGAUGAGAAUUGAA